AUGGUGUCGCUCAAGUCGGCCAUCCUAGCUGCCACCUACGUCGUUUCAGCUGCUGCUGUCGAUAUCACCGUCAAGGUCUCUGGUGGCAAUGCUACUAGUGGUCAUCAAUACGGAUUUCUCCAUGAGGACAUUAACAACUCUGGUGACGGCGGUAUCUACGCUGAGCUGAUCCGUAAUCGAGCUUUCCAAUACAGCCCCGAGUUCCCCGUCUCUCUUGACGGUUGGCACCCGAUCAACGGCGCGAAUCUGACUCUCAAGAACCUCUGCCAGCCCCUCUCCACCGCCCUUCCCGUCUCUGUCCAAGUCACUAAAGGCAGUGGCUCCGGGGCCAUCGGCCUGAAGAAUGAUGGCUACUGGGGCAUGGAUGUUAAGGUGCAGAAAUACACCGGUUCUUUCUGGGUCAAGGGCACCUACGAUGGUGUAUUCACUGCCUCCCUGCAGUCUGCUCUGACCGACGAUGUCUUUGGCUCUGUCGAGAUCCAGUCCAAGGCUAAGGCCAACGAGUGGGUCGAGCACGAGGUCGAGCUAAUCCCGGAGAAGAAUGCUCCCAACAGUAACAACACAUUUGCUAUCACUUUUGAUCCUGCGGGCACUGCCAACAGUUCGCUGCACUUCAACCUGAUCAGUCUGUUCCCCCCCACAUACAAGGGCCGUAAGAACGGACUGCGUGUUGAUAUUGCCGAGUCUUUGGCAGGUCUGCAUCCAAGCCUACUUCGUUUCCCCGGCGGUAAUAUGCUGGAAGGACUGAACAACAAGACCUACUGGGACUGGAAGGAUACUCUUGGACCUCUCAAGGACCGUCCCGGUUUCCAGGGUGUUUGGGGAUACCAGCAGACUCACGGGUUGGGCCUCGUCGAGUACCUCGAGUGGUCCAAGGACAUGAAUCUGGAUGUUGUCAUUGGUGUCUGGGCUGGACUCUCUCUCAACGGCGACGUCACUGCCAAAGAAGACCUCCAACCCUUCAUUGACGAUGCUCUCGACCAAAUCGAGUUCAUCCGUGGUCCCGCUGACUCCAAGUGGGGUGCUCGCCGUGCUGAGCUUGGUCAUCCCGAGCCUUUCACGCUGGAAUAUGUUGAAGUUGGCAAUGAGGAUUGGCUUGCUGGCUACCCCGGCGGCUGGAACUCUUAUAAGGAGUACCGCUUCCCCAUGUUUAUGGAUGCCAUCAGGGCGAAGUACCCUGAUAUCACCGUCAUCUCCUCCGGUGCCACCAGCGACGGUGACGGCUACGACAUUCCCGCCCCUGGUAUCGGUGACUACCACCCUUACCGCACUCCUGAUGCUCUUGUUGAGGAGUUCGACCGCUUUGACAACGAUAUCGGCCACAUCGUGGGUGAGGUUGCUGCCACCCACCCUAACGGUGGUAUCGGCUGGGAAGGCAACCUGAUGCCCUUUCCUUGGUGGAUUGGCACCGUUGGUGAGGCCGUCUCCUUGAUUGGCUACGAGCGCAACGCCGACCGCAUCCCUGGUACCUUCUACGCCCCUGUUCUUCGUAACAUGAACCGCUGGCAGUGGGCCGUCACCAUCGUCCAGUUCGCCGCCGACCCAGCCCUGACCACCCGCUCCACCAGCUGGUUCGUCUGGGAGCUCUUCGCUGCGCACCCUCUCUCACAAACCCUGCCUACCGUCGGCGAAUUCGGUCCCGCAUACUGGGUCGCUGGCAAGAACGAGGCUAAGGGCAGCUUGAUUUGGAAGGGCGCCGUUUACAAUACCACCGACAGCGCCGAUGUACCUAUCAAUGUUCAGUUUGAGGGUGUCACUGCUGGCACGACGGCUUCGUUGACCGUUCUAACCAACCCCAGCGGUGACCCGUUCGCGUACAACGACCCCCACACCGGAGUAAACGUCGUCGCCAGCAACACUACUACUGUCACGGCCAACAAGGACGGUGUCUUCACCUUCAGUCUGCCCGAGCUUAGCGUUGCUGUUCUUGACACUGAGGGUUCUACCGGUGAAGACCAAGCCGCCCGGGCGGUCAGAAGCUUUCAAGCUUAG